CAGGGCCGGGCCAGACAUGGCGGAAGAGGAGGUGGCCAAGUUGGAGAAGCACUUGAUGCUUCUCCGGCAAGAGUAUGUCAAGCUGCAGAAGAAAUUGGCAGAGACAGAGAAGAGAUGCACUCUUUUGGCUGCGCAAGCAAACAAGGAAAGCAGCAAUGAGUCCUUCAUUAGCCGCCUGCUGAUGAUCGUGGCAGACCUCUAUGAGCAGGAGCAGUAUAGUGAUCUGAAGAUCAAGGUUGGGGACAGGCACAUCAGUGCUCACAAGUUUGUCUUGGCAGCCCGCAGUGACAGCUGGAGUCUGGCCAAUUUGUCUUCCACUGAGGAGCUGGACCUGUCAGAUGCUAACCCUGAAGUGACAAUGACAAUGCUUCGCUGGAUCUAUACGGAUGAGUUGGAGUUCAGAGAGGAUGAUGUGUUCCUGACUGAACUGAUGAAACUAGCAAAUCGGUUUCAGCUACAGCUCCUUAGGGAGAGAUGUGAGAAGGGUGUUAUGUCUCUAGUGAAUGUCAGGAACUGUAUUCGCUUCUACCAGACUGCGGAGGAACUGAAUGCCAGCACACUGAUGAACUACUGUGCAGAAAUCAUUGCAAGUCACUGGGAUGACUUACGAAAGGAGGACUUCAGUAGCAUGAGUGCUCAGUUGUUGUACAAAAUGAUCAAAUCCAAGACGGAGUACCCAUUACAUAAAGCCAUCAAAGUGGAAAGAGAAGAUGUGGUCUUCCUUUAUCUGAUUGAAAUGGAUUCACAGCUCCCUGGAAAGCUGAAUGAAGUGGAUCAUAAUGGAGAUCUUGCAUUAGAUCUAGCCCUUUCACGACGACUAGAGAGUAUUGCCACCACGCUGGUUAGUCACAAAGCUGACGUGGACAUGGUAGACAAGAAUGGCUGGAGCUUGUUACAUAAAGGAAUCCAAAGAGGAGAUCUCUUUGCUGCCACUUUCCUCAUUAAGAAUGGGGCCUUGGUCAAUGCUGCUACGUUGGGUGCUCAGGAGACACCAUUGCACCUUGUGGCGUUGUACAGUUCAAAGAAACAUUCAGCAGAUGUGAUGUCUGAGAUGGCACAGAUUGCAGAGGCCCUCUUGCAGACUGGUGCCAACCCCAACAUGCAGGACAGCAAGGGCAGGACUCCUUUACACUUGUCUAUCACAGCCAGGAAUGAAUAUGUAUUCAAUCAGCUGCUGCAAUGUAAACAAUUAGACUUAGAACUAAAAGACCAUGAGGGCAGCACAGCUCUGUGGCUUGCAGUGCAGUACAUCACUGUGUCUUCUGACCAGUCUGUGAACCCCUUCGAAGACUCCCCUGUGGUAAACGGGACUUCAUUCGAUGAAAACAGCUUUGCAGCUAGACUCAUUCAGCGUGGCAGCAACACCGACGCACCUGACACGGUGACAGGAAAUUGUUUACUACAGCGGGCAGCCGGAGCAGGAAAUGAGGCAGCAGCUCUUUUCCUGGCAACCAAUGGUGCCCAUGUCAACCACAGAAACAAGUGGGGAGAAACCCCACUGCACACAGCUUGUCGGCAUGGCCUGGCCAACCUUACCACAGAGCUUCUGCAGCAAGGUGCCAACCCAAAUCUGCAGACAGAAGAAGCUCUGCCUUUGCCAAAGGAGCCUGCAUCCCUACCUAGCUCAGCGGACAGUGUCUGUCUGCAGACGCCUCUGCACAUGGCAAUUGCCUAUAAUCAUCCAGAUGUGGUGUCUGUCAUUCUGGAGCAGAAAGCCAAUGCUCUUCAUGCCACCAACAACUUGCAAAUUAUUCCGGACUUCAGCCUCAAAGAUUCCCGAGACCAGACUGUGCUGGGCCUGGCAUUGUGGACUGGCAUGCACACAAUCGCAGCCCAGCUGCUGGGCUCUGGGGCUUCCAUCAAUGACACCAUGUCAGAUGGGCAGACCUUGCUGCACAUGGCCAUACAGCGGCAGGAUAGCAAGAGUGCACUCUUUCUUCUGGAGCAUCAGGCUGAUAUAAAUGUCAGGACUCAGGACGGGGAGACAGCCCUUCAGCUGGCCAUCAGAAACCAGCUUCCUCUUGUGGUUGAUGCCAUAUGCACCCGAGGAGCUGACAUGUCCGUGCCAGAUGAGAAGGGAAACCCCCCACUGUGGCUCGCAUUGGCAAACAGUUUGGAGGACAUUGCAUCCACUCUGGUCAGACAUGGUUGCGAUGCCACUUGCUGGGGCCCAGGACCUAGUGGGUGCCUUCAGACACUCCUGCACAGAGCCAUUGAUGAAAACAAUGAGUCUACUGCCUGCUUCCUUAUUCGCAGUGGCUGUGAUGUGAAUAGUCCCAGACAACCAGGUGCUAACGGAGAAGGAGAAGAAGAGGCUAGAGAUGGGCAGACCCCUUUGCAUUUGGCAGCCUCUUGGGGGCUGGAAGAGACAGUACAGUGUCUUCUGGAGUUUGGUGCCAAUGUAAAUGCACAGGAUGCAGAAGGAAGAACGCCCAUCCACGUGGCCAUCAGCAACCAACACGGUGUCAUCAUUCAGUUGUUGAUUUCUCACCCUGAUAUCCACUUGAAUGUACGAGACAGACAAGGGCUAACCCCGUUUGCCUGUGCCAUGACUUACAAGAACAACAAGGCCGCUGAGGCCAUCCUAAAACGAGAGUCUGGGGCUGCUGAACAGGUGGAUAACAAGGGUCGGAAUUUUCUUCACGUGGCAGUUCAGAACUCCGACAUUGAAAGCGUCCUGUUCCUGAUCAGUGUCCAGGCUAAUGUGAACUCCAGAGUCCAGGAUGCUUCCAAGUUGACCCCUUUGCACCUCGCUGUCCAAGCAGGCUCAGAGAUGAUUGUCCGCAAUUUGCUUCUUGCAGGAGCCAAAGUGAAUGAAUUAACCAAGCAUCGCCAGACUGCCCUCCAUCUCGCUGCUCAGCAGGACCUGCCCACCAUCUGCUCGGUCCUCCUGGAGAAUGGAGUGGACUUUGGUGCUGUGGAUGAGAAUGGAAAUAAUGCUCUUCAUCUCGCUGUCAUGCAUGGUCGGCUCAACAACAUCCGGGUUCUCCUGACAGAGUGCACAGUGGACGCUGAAGCUUUUAAUCUGAGAGGUCAGUCACCACUGCAUAUUUUGGGACAGUAUGGCAAAGAGAAUGCAGCGGCCAUCUUUGAUCUCUUCUUAGAGUGCAUGCCCGAGUAUCCUUUAGAUAAACCAGAUGCAGAAGGCAACACAGUGCUGCUCUUAGCAUACAUGAAAGGGAAUGCCAACUUGUGCCGCGCCAUCGUCAGAUCUGGGGCUCGGCUUGGGGUGAAUAAUAACCAAGGCAUCAACAUUUUCAACUACCAGGUUGCCACCAAGCAACUUCUGUUUAGACUAUUAGAUAUGCUGUCCAAGGAGCCUCCGUGGUGCGAUGGCUCCAACUGCUACGAGUGCACUGCCAAGUUUGGAGUCACAACUCGCAAACAUCACUGUCGACACUGCGGACGUCUUCUUUGCCAUAAAUGCUCGACCAAGGAGAUUCCUAUUAUAAAGUUUGACCUGAACAAGCCUGUGCGAGUUUGCAACAUUUGCUUUGAUGUACUGACUCUGGAUGGAUCGUUAUACAGCGUAUUCUCAACAGUCUUCUUUUUUGCUUUUAAGACGAAGGUACCAUGUGCUAUAUAUAUUUUACAUUGAAUGGCUUAAACUAAUUCGCUAUGAUCCUCUAACACAGAAAUUUCCCACAAACUUAAGUGCCUACACUUAGGACUUUUUAACUUUCAGUUGUCUCUUUAGAGGUGUCUCACUGAAUGAUGUAUUAGAACAUGUGUUCCAUUCAGAGUUCUGUGCCUGUGCACUGUCAACCCUAAUUACAGAUUUAGUUGAGGCUGGAUUAGAUUGCUCCGUUCACCUGCCACAUUCUCUCCAAGGAGUGGGGUCCACGUGACCUUUAGUCCUCUACCUCAGCCCUGAGUCAUCUCUGACCACCCUGUUCAGCUUCCUCAGUCUUCUCCCUGAAUGGGUCCCUGCGCGGAGCUCAGUGUGCAUGUGGUUUCACCACUCUUCCCAACUCAUGCCCCAGCCUGUUGCAUCGAACCAUUACAGCACUAAUCUUGUCUAUGGGCACGGAGAGGAGGGAAAAUGUUGGGAGAGGGGAGAGCCUUGAACUUCAUCUAAGUUUCCUUUAUCAGGAAAAAAACCCCACUUCUGAGCUAUGUAAUUUUUAGACCUGAAAAGCAAACUAACUUCCCAAGUGACAGUAGCAUGAACAAGUAAAUGUAAUGCUUUCAUGACAGACACACUUGCUUCCCUCAGGACAAGCCCCUCAAGAACUACCUGAAGCACCAAAGCUUCCUCCUCCCAGCCGGGAGAGGAGGAGGCAGAGGGAAAACAACUUGCCAAAGGGAUUUGGAAGCCACAUUCUCACUUUGUGGAAGUAACUCAGUGAAGAGCUAACAGUUUGACAAGACGUCAGCUAAACGCUUAAAAUUCCCAGAAGUUAUAUAUAGAUGCCUUAAAGACUUUCUUUGGAAGAUCAUUACCUGUACAGUUCCUUUUUUGUGCGGCAUAAAUAAUAUAUUAACCUGUUACAACUGAGGACGUUGGUUUUUUGCAGCUAGGGAGUUUUGAGUUGGGACUGCUCAACUUAAUGACUUGCCCUCUUUUGGCAGAUGUGUGAGUUGGCUGUUACAGGACAUGCCUGUGUGAUACCAAGGGGAAGGGCAGAAGGUGGGCAGAAACUGCAGGCACACAUUUGGGUUGAUCACCUUGGCUUCCAAACCAUUUGCGGUGGUGCUCAGUGUGGGGUGAUGGCAUCAUAUAGGACCGUGGCGCUUAUCAGCAUUGUUUCUUUGGAGUCCGUGUAAUGGAAUGUAUUUUUCAAAUACUGAUAUUUGCAUUUUCUGUAACAGUUCCUUAUAAUAAAAUGAAGUAAAAUUGUGCAUUUAAA